AUGUCUCUAGCCGAGCAUGUUUCGGAUCCCCGAUUUUUGCAGGAGUUUUGCCUCAGUGACGACCUGUCUCGCCUGACCAUUGACCCGAAAUCCGUGCCCUAUCUCCGUCCGGCCAGGCUAGCGUUGUUACACCCUCUCAAAGAAGCCGAUAUCCUGGAAUCAUGCCGUCGCCCCAAGCCUCAUCGCCCCCCGGCCCGUUCCCCACCGACCCGUUCCUACAACUGCGAUCACUAUCGCCACGACUUCCUCGAUCUCCAACCCCUCUGCCAGCUCUGGAGACAAGAACUCACCAAAAUCCCCCCGUUUCACGGGUGA